AUGCCCGAAUGGAGCGUGCUCUUCUGCGGCUCAACGGACGACUUCUGCGGUGAUGGCUGUCAGGCGGGAUUUGGAGGUUGUGGUCCACCCCCUACACCACCAUGUGGAGGGUCACAGGUUGGGAAGCGCAACAUCGGCUACUACGAGUCCUGGGCCAAUACCCGUCAAUGUCAAGCGGUCAGCCCUAAAGAUCUAAACUUGGCGGGCUUUUCCCAUCUCAACUUCGCCUUUGCGUCCUUUGACCCGAAAUCUUCUCAAAUAACUCCCAUGGACAGCAACUCAGCUUCAUUGUACGGACGUACGACAGGCUUGAAAAACAAAUGGUCGGGCUUGGAGGUGUGGAUCUCUGUCGGUGGCUGGUCCUUCACUGACCCAGGACCAACACAGGAGGCAUUCUCCAACAUGGUAAGCACUGCAGGCAACCGUCAGGCUUUCAUCAGUGGCCUCAUGCAAUUCAUGAAUACGUACAACUUCGAUGGCGUCGACUUGGACUGGGAAUACCCUCAAGCCGAUGAUAGAGGUGGCCAGGAAGGCGACAAGGUGAACUAUGUGACCUUUGUCAAGGAGCUACGGAGCGCUCUCGGCAACAAGGGUAUCAGCUUGACCCUGCCCGCCAGUUUCUGGUAUCUGCAGCAUAUCGACGUCAAAGGUCUGCAGGACUCAGUCGAUUGGUUCAACUUCAUGGCAUAUGACUUGCACGGAACAUGGGACAAGGCGUCCAAGUUCGUUGGCCCAUACAUUGCACCGCAUACCACCCUCACCGAAAUCGACUUAGGCCUUGAUCUGCUUUGGCGUGCAGGAGUGUCGGCGGACAAAGUUGUCCUCGGCCAAGGAUGGUACGGUCGUUCGUUCACUCUCACUAAUCCUUCUUGCAAGACACCCAAUGGUGUGUGCGAGUUUAGCGGCGGAGCCGACCCAGGGCCUUGCUCCGCCACUUCCGGCAUUCUAGACGACCAGGAGAUCCAGGAUAUCAUCACGAAGAACAAUGUACAGCCUGUUUGGGAUAAGACUGCUGGCGUGAAGUGGAUAACUUGGGGUAGUAAUCAGUGGGUUUCCUACGAUGAUGACGACACAUUCAAUCAGAAGCGCGACUUCGCCGAGAAGCGCUGUCUAGGUGGUCUCAUGGUCUGGGCACUAGACCAAAAGGAUCAGAGCGGCGCUGGCAACUUGAAUAAUGGCGUCUCUGCUGGGGAUCAAUCGAAUGCUCAGUCUCUCUCCGGCGAUGCCGCCGCGAAGGCAAGCUGCUAUGUCACUGAUUGCAACCAGAAGUGCAAGAGCGGCACCAAUCAGGUCGCACAGAUGAACGGACAGCCAGGCCAGGUCUCGACUCGUACCGAAAUCUGUGCUGUGAUGAUGGUACUACAACCGGCAAAUGCGCGUGGCGAGGAUUUCGAGGUUCUGGCAUGUCGUGUAUACAAGGGUGCUCAGAUGACCAACAGUCACGUCGGAAAGAAGGACCAGACAUGCAACGGAGGCCUCCAGUCUUUCUGUUGCUCAAACUUCAAGGCUCCGCCAUCAUUGCAAAGUCUUGGCAAAGAUGCGGCGGACGCUGCGAAGAGUGCUGCAGAAGCUGCAGCGGAGCAGGCCGCCCUUGACAUUGCCGCGAAGGCGUUCUGCCGCAUUGCUGUCCCAGCACUCCUCGCACCUAUUGAGCUGCUUGAGGAUCUGAUCCCGAUCUUUGGCGAAAUCGCUGAUAUCGCCGAGUUGGCAGCCACGCCUGCACUCAUCAAAUUAUGUACGGAUGAGAUUGAAAAGACCGGAAAAGCUGAGUUCAAAGUCUUCGGCAAGAAGCAUAGUCUCUCCCUAGAAAGCUCCAGAGACAAGACCUCCCAAAUCGAGCCACAAGCCCGAAAAGACAAGCUCCGCAUGCAAUAG